AUGACAGAUGUGAACUCUAACAUUGUCAGUGUGAAAUGCCCCAUCCAUGGAACUAGUUCAAGUCAUUCGCUUAAAGACUGUAUGAAAUUCCGCGGAAAAACGUUCAAGGAACGCAAGGACUACCUUUUCAAGAACGGCUACUGUUUGAAGUGCUGUGGCUCAAGACGUCAUCUUCGUAAAAACUGUAAAGAAAGUGUGAAAUGUGACAUGUGUGGAUCUACAGAGCAUGUUACAAUCCUUCACCCUGAACCUGAGUCCAGAAUUGAGCAUGAGGGGGAGCAGCCUAGAGUGAGUCACGAGGGGGAGAGUCUCCAUUUAGGCACCUACUGUACUGAAGUAUGUGGAACUAAGUACAGCACCAGCAAGUCAUGCGCAAAGAUUGUGCCAGUAUAUGUGUACCCGGUUGGUGAACAAUACCGUGCGCGCAAUGUGUACUGCAUGAUAGAUGACCAGAGCAACAAAUCGUUAGCCACAUCCGCCUUUUUUUAUGCCUUUAGGGAGUGUGGUGGGCAAACUGAAUAUGUUUUAUCUUCAUGUGCCGGAAAGUCUGUUUCCUCAGGACGCAAGGCAUCUGGAUAUUUCGUCCAAUCGUUUGAUGGAUCAUGUACUCUAAGUUUACCUUGUUUGAUAGAGUGUAAUGACAUUCCGAACAAUCGGCAUGAAAUACCGUCUCCUGCAGUGGCAGAUAACUAUACGCACCUUCAUGACAUUCCACCCUUCAUAUCGGAUCUUGAUGACGGUGCUGAAAUUGAACUCCUGAUCGGAAGGGAUCUAGUCACUGCACACCACGUGUUGGAUCAACGUGUUGAAGAGGGACUUCCUUAUGGUCAGAAGUUACCCCUUGGUUGGGUUAUCAUAGGAGAUGUGUGUCUGGGCAAAGUGCAUCAACCGGAUGUGAUAAGUGUAAAUAAGACUUUAAUUCUCAUGAAUGGAAGAUCCACCCAUUUACAGCCCUGUGAAAGUGAAUUUAUUGUGGAAGAGGAGCCUAUCUUUCAACGUAUACCAGGGGAUGAGAAACCAGGGUUAUCGAUAGAAGAUCGCAAGUUCCUACAUAUCAUGGAUGCUGGUUUCCAAAGAACGUCUGAUGGCAAGUGGCAAGCUCCGUUACCCUUUCGCCAUUGUAGACCUGUCUUACCUGACAACAGGUCACUUGCUCUUCGAAGAGCCAGAUCAUUGGACAUUAGCUUGAGAUGUAAUCACCUCAAAUAUGAACAAGUUAAGGAAUUCAUGGAGAGACUACUCAUGAACCAGCAUGCUGAUUUAGCACCUGAGUUACCUAUGUCAGUGGAGCGAUGGUACCUACCUAUGUUUGCAGUGUAUCAUCCCAAGAAACCAGACAGUGUGCGUAUUGUAUUCGACUCAUCUGCCAAGUUUCAAGAUGUGUCCUUGAACAGUGUUUUGUUUCAAGGCCCUGAUUUGUGCAACAGCCUGCUUGGUGUCUUGCUAAGAUUCCGAAGAGAAAAGAUAGCAGUCACAAUGGACGUUGAGCAGAUGUUUCACAAUUUCAAGGUCCCAGAAGACCAGCGUCGUUACUUACGAUUCCUGUGGCACAUGGACAGUGACUUAGACCAGCCAUUGGUGGACUUUCAGAUGAUGGUUCACGUUUUCGGCAAUAGCCCGUCACUGGCCGUGGCAACGUUUGGUCUCAGGAGGGCAGUUGAGGGAUCCCCAGAAGAUGUGAGGGAUUUAGUAUGUAACAACUUCUAUGUGGAUGAUGGCCUUUUAUCCUGCACAACUGAAGAGGAGGCCAUUAGCCUUGUGCAUUGUACCAAGGAAGCACUACAAGAUGGCGGAAACAUUCGACUUCACAAGUUUUGCUCCAAUAGCAGGAGAGUGUUAGAUUCAUUUGCCCAAGAAGACCUGGCAAAGAACUUGAAAAACCUUGACUUUGGGUCAAAUACCCUUCCAGUACAACGCAGCUUGGGAUUAUUAUGGAACACAGAGAUGGAUGAAUUUACCUUUAAAGUCAACACAGUAGAAAAAGCAUACACUACAUAG